AUGGCCACGCGCUGGUCGCGCCCGUGUAGCGCCGACCACGUCCGACGCGCGCGCCCACGAACUGCGUCCCUUCUCGGCGCCCUCACUGCGCCCGCGCCCAACCUCUGUCCCGCGACCGCGCGCCCGCCGGAGCUCUACCGCUCGGGCCGCCCCUGCAACCGCCUCCCUCCGUGCUCUCCAACGUCGCCGCCACUGCACGCCGUCGCCCCCGUCGAUUCCGGCAGCCCCCGCACGAGCCGCGUUACCAAGACAAGUGAUCUGAAUUCUCUUUCCCUCGUGUCGAAGCAGCUCUGCACCGUCGAGGCGGAGCACAGGGAUGCUAUCCGCGUUGGCUGUGGACUCAACCCUUCUACAGAAGCCUUGGUGUCGCUGUUCUCCCGGUUCCUCAAUUUGGCGAAAGUAGAGAUCAACUAUUCUGGAUGGAAGCCCAGCAACGGGGACCAGUUGAACAACCAAGGCCUCCGUGUUCUAUCUUCUCACUGCCCCUUGCUGUCCGAACUUGCUUUAAGCUUCUGCUCAUACAUUGGUGACUCUGGUCUUGGUUAUCUAGCUGAUUGCAAAAAAUUGAGGUCGCUCAGGCUGGACCAUGCAUCAACAGUCACUUCUACUGGGAUUUUCCGGGUGGCGGUUGGUUGCAGGUAUCUUUCGGUUCUCCACCUUGUUGACUGUACGGCAGUAGACACCAGGGAGUGGCUGGAGUACCUUGGGAGGUAUGGAUCACUGGGGGAACUUGUUGUAAAGGAUUGUGAUGGAAUCAGCCAGUAUGACCUCUUAAAGUUUGGCCUAGGGUGGGCGAGUCUCCAAAAGUUUGAGUUUGAGAUUAAUGGAAAUUACUGGAUGCCAGGGGCCUCUGACCCCUCCUACGUGUCUGCCUACCCAUAUAGUUAUGACAUCUGCUGUGAUGGCUUGAAGGGUCUUAGGUUGGCUCAUAUUAUAACCGAGCCAGAAACUGGACUCCGUUUUCUCCUAGGGAAGUGCAAAGCAUUGGAGACGCUUUACCUCGAGUACGUGAUUGGUCUAAAAGAGAACGAGAUGAUUGCGCUAUUCCAGAGGUGCAACAACCUCAAAACGAUCUCACUUAAGCUUAUGCCUCUGAGAUGUGAAGAUUAUGAGUUUAGGACGGCAUUGACUGAUGUUAGCCUUAAGGCUCUAGCUCUCAGCUGCCCUAUGCUUCAGGUUGUAGAGCUCACAUUCACAUUUUGCGAACCCAUGUAUCCAACGGAAAUAGGUUUCACACAGGAGGGUAUUGUGGCGCUCGUCCAAUCUUGUCCAAUUCACUCUCUUUUGCUAAAUGGUGCCAGCAUUUUGUAUGAUGAGGGGUUGAAGUGCCUCUCAUCCUCACAGUUCCUGGAGAAGCUUGAGCUUGUGGAUUGCAGGUCUAUAACCGAUGUUGGUAUGAGUUUCAUUAUACUGGCUCCUUGCUUGAGCAAUCUCACCCUCCGCAAAUGCAAGAAAGUGACAGAUAAUGGAAUGGCUGAGCUGGCACGUUCACAGAAGUUGGAGUCACUGACCAUUAUAGGCUGCUGUCAGAUCUCCCAGGAGGGUGUGCAAGGGGCUGCCAAAUCAGUUCGCUACUCUGCAGAGACUGAAAGCCACGGCAGUCUAAAAGGAAUGAACAUGGACAGGGACAUGAACAGGAAAAGACGCCGGUCGCCCUGA